AUUAGAUGACCAGUGCAUUUGCCAAAUGAACACACAGUUAUUUUGGACCCUGAAAAUAAUGAAACCAUCCAAAAGGCAUUAGAAAAACAAACUAUGCUUAUCGAUUAUUUUGCCUUAAGGAAGUACGAGCGGCAGGCAUGGUGGGGAUAGGCUGCUCUGAGCGCGCGGUGAAGGGGUGAUGAUGAUCACGUGACCGCGGCAAUACGUAUGGCAACACUGUGAUUACUAUGAUUAUUAUUUUUUCUGUUAUUUGUUAAUUCAAAAUAAACAUUGCGUGUUUACAAGUGUCAAUUUAAGAAAAUUAUGGAAAGUGAAAAUAAAAAAACUUAUUAUCGAGAUAAGUUUGGUAAGUUUACAACUAAAAGAAAAUUAGAAAUAGAACAUAAACGUGUAGAAAAUAUCUUGAAAAAAAAAGUUGAUGGUGAUGACAGUUCACUAAGAUUAUUAAACUUAGAAGGCAGAAGAAUUAUAGAUCUUCGGUUACUAGCUGAGAAAUUAUGGUGUACCUUCUGCAAUGAUGCAUUAUCUCUUCGAUUCCUUGUCAAAGAAGAAUUUUUAGGUCUUGUAAGUAUUUUUCACGUUAGGUGUCAAAAAUGUCAAGAGGUAUAUAAAUUCGCAACUUCUAAGUCUUAUAAAAUUGAGAAUGAUCCAAAUAUUAGGUACUCAGCAAACGGAAAAAUUGCUAUUGGUCUAUUAGCAAGUGGUAUGGGGGUAUCACAAUUAAAUACCAUUCUUGCAUCUUUAAAUGUUCCAACAUUAUACCACACUCUGUUCAAGAGAUACGAAAGAGAAGUUGGUGUCAUGAUUGAAAAGGUCGCUCAUGACAGUUGUCAAAAAAAUCUGCAAAUCGAGAAAGCAAUGACCCUCCAGAAAAAAAGGUAUUCGAACAUGUACAAUAAUUGCUUAAACCUCAUAUUAAUGACAUACUUUGUUGAAUAGUCAAUUCCUUAAUAAUAUUUGUGUUUUAAAUUUUUCAGAUUUUAUGCAGUUUACUAAUUAAUAAUUUUUUAUUUAUUUUUAAUUCUAGAAAUCGUGUAAUAAUUGCCAGGAAUAGUAACUUUAGAAUAUUUAUUUUGUUUAAUUCUUUUUCAGUUUUUUUUUAGCAAAGGCACUAAUUCAUGGAUAGCACCAAUUGGCAAUUAAGUAUUUAAUUGCUUAAUGAUAUAUUACUCAUCGUACUAAGAUUUUAUUUCAGCAUUUUUACUGAUAAAAAAUAUUCAUCGACCUUUUACUAAAAAUAAUUUUUUUUUUUUUAUUAAAAAAUACUUCGAUUAUGAUUACUUGCUCGUGAUGAGAGAAAGACUUCGGAAAAUAUCAUGGAGUAGUUUAGUCUCGUUCAUUAAAAACUUUUAGCGCUAGUAUUAUAUGCAAGCUAAAGCAUGUAAUAUAACUUUUCGAAUGAUUUAUAAUUAAUUAGAUUAGAUUCUGCUUCAAAUGAAAUUGUUGAAGACGAUGAAGUAGGAUUAAUUUUAGGACUCGACGGCGGUUGGCAAAAAAAAGCUAGCGGUCGAACGUACAAUAGUAA